AAUGGAACAAAAGAUGAUAGAGAUAGUGAUCCCCAAAAAAAGCAUACAUAAUGCACUCCAUUUCCCCACAGCGUGAUUAAUGGACACACCCACAUCUCCAUUCCAUGUGUUCAUUUUUCUUCAAUGCUAAAAAGAUGUGUGUGUGAACUUCUCUAUCAUUUUCUUAUUUUCACUUUGGUCCACUUUAGUCCAUCCGUUCACCCACCUUACCAAGCAAGCCUCGUAACUUUUGAAAAAGUCAAAAACAACCCCAAACCGUCUCGCUCCUUUAUAUAUUAUUACUCCAAACCAACAGAUUCGAAAAUCUCAUAAACAAUGGAUUGGUUCUCAUGGCUCUCGAGGACGAAUCUCGAAGCUUCUCUAAUCUACGAGUACGGUCUCUCUUUCUCGAACAACGAGCUCGAGUUCGAAGACAUUGCUUACUUCAACCACGAAUUUCUCCAGAGCAUGGGGAUCUCGAUCGCUAAGCACCGCCUCGAGAUCCUGAAGCUUGCUCGGCGUGACCGGAAACCGUCUCCGCUCACCGCUCGUUCAAUUUUCAGAGUCUUGAUUGCGAUCAAGAAGACCGGGAAAUGCUUCUCCGAGUAUGUUCGAUCCUGGAUCCGACGAGAGGAAUCGUCUCGGGCUCUGGUGCUUGUGUCGAGGAGCAGCGGGAACGGGAGAUGGAAAGGCGCGAGGAAGAAGAGAUCGGUGAUGCCGAUGAGCAACGGGAAUGGCGGAAAGGAAGAGAGACUUCUGUUGACGAAUGGAACUCCUUAUAGGCUCGAUUAUGAAGAUGAUAAUACUACUCAUUGGGGGAACAAAGAUGUAGAAGCCAUUAAGUGGGAUUCAAUGUUUCAGAACCUUAAACCUACUUGAAAUCAUCAACUAGGGAUUUGGGAUUUUUAGGCUUCUUCCACCACAGAUUUGAUUAUUUGAGUUUUUGGCUAAAUAGUUUCAAGUUCUGUUUGUUAGGCCAAUUAGUUUUGUUAAUUGACAUUUUUGAGAUUUGGAAUGAUUCUCUGUCUCCUUUUAUUUGCCUUUUUUUUUUUUU